GCAGCGCGCGCAGCGUCGGGCGGUGAAACAGGGCCCAGGGCACGUGCGCUGAAAUUUUCGGCGCAAUCCCGCGACUACGCCGGACAUAUUCGGUAUAACGUGUAUUUUUUCCAGUCUGUACCGGUACUGGUGGAAUCGGAGCAUCAUGUUCGACAUCCCUGCCCUUUACUAAGGUCUACAGCCUUUCUUUCCGAUACCUGUCACUCAGCACGAGCAGGACCCAUUAACUGUAUAUAGAAAUAUCAGGUAACUGUUUGAAAGAACAGCGGCGUCGUCUCUUCAACGCACCAUGACUUUGGCGGUGAUUGUAGCGGCACUUCUGCUGGUAACGGCAGUAUCGGCAAAGGAGCCAACUCCAGUCGUCAUGUGGCACGGCAUGGGAGACUCCUGCUGCCUUCCAUUCAGCAUGGGUGCCAUCAAGGAGGAAUUGGAAAAGCAGGUAGCUGGCGUGUAUGUGCGCUCACUGGAAAUCGGCUCCAGUGUUAUCCAAGAUACCCUGAACGGCUUUUUCAUGCCGAUCGACGCUCAAGUGGAGGAGGCCUGUCAGAAGAUCGCUGCUGAUGAGAGCCUCCAGGGCGGAUACAACGCCAUGGGCUUCUCCCAGGGAGGACAGUUUCUGCGGGCAGUGGCGCAGCGGUGUCCCAGCCCGCCGAUGAAGAACCUCAUCACGUUCGGUGGCCAGCACCAGGGCGUGUUCGGACUACCGCACUGCCUCGGCACCAAAGGCGUGUGCGAGGUCGUCAAGAAGCUGCUUGACUACGGAGCAUACGAAAGUUUCGUGCAGUCUCAUCUGGUGCAGGCCCAGUACUGGCACGACCCCCUCAAACAGCAGCAGUAUAUCGAGGUGUCCCAGUUCCUCGCCGACAUCAACAACGAACGGGAUGUGAAGAACGAGACGUACAAGGAGAACCUGAACAAGCUGGAGAACCUGGUGCUGGUGAUGUUCUCCAACGACACGAUGGUGGUGCCGCGCGAGUCCUCCCACUUUGGCUUCUACACUAUUGGCCAGGACCAGGUGGUGGUGCCGCUGCAGCAGACUCCGAUCUACACUGAGGACUACUUGGGCCUGAAGCAGCUGGACGCGGACGGCAAGCUGACGAUGCUGGAGACGGAGGGGGACCAUCUGCAGUUCAGCAUCGACUGGCUGGUGGAGAACAUCGUCAACGUGUAUCUCAAGUAGGAGGUGCGACUCUGCGUGACAACUCUGCGUGCUCUUAGGGGUGGGGAUAGACCGUCUUGCCGUGCUGGGGUCGGGUCGUCUAGUCUAGCUUGAGACGGGUUAGAGUUUCAAGUCCCGGCUACGAUCUUUGCGAGUGAUAAAGUGCCUAUACUUGUCCUUCGGACACAUGCCCAUUCUGUUGGACACAUACUGGCCCGUGGCCGCCAGCCCAUGGCGGCGUGCGCCGGCCGCAGCCACCAGAGGACUCUGCCAGCGAUUGGAGGCGUUCUUGGGGUUUGCUGAGAAACGACGAGCUUUUUAUAUACUCACCGAUUAGCAGUUAUAUUCUCACCGAUGAGCAGUCACAUUAUAGGUACACUGCCGAGUCUUUGGCAUCAAAUGUUUUAUAUGCACUGGCAAACGCAAGAAAGACUGGAUUUAAACUCAACCGUUUUUAGUUCACGUGUCUGCAUGCAUUAUUUCCAUAUUGCUUUUGUGCAAGAGUCCGGGAGGACUGCUCCCAAGGCUAGUUACACAAACAUUCCACUCCAGCUGUUGUUUAGGACAUUGGUCCUAACUAUCUGCAGUAAACGGAAUGCGUGCAAAAUGAUUCGAGGUGCUUUAUUUCUACUCUUUUUGACGUUUCUCUAUGCUGCAACGCAGUUAUCUGUGAUUCAUUUUUUAUGCAUGCCCUUACAAUUUGUUAGUUGUAGUAGUUACUAGUUGCUCCUGUUGUGCGCAAGUCUGGAAUUUUUUUGCUGAUGAGUUGAAAUGCAAAUUAUGAUUAAGACAUAUAAACCAAUAUUAUUCUAUCUUUGCAUAUCUUUUCUCUCUUAGACCACCCCUGUGUGCCAAGUGGCGCUUCAAACUCUGUCUCACCCCGGCAGUUAGCCUCUGAAAUGGAGUCACCGAGACGGUGUCAGUCAGUUUGUGUGCCGGAUAAGACUGGGCUAGCUUUGUGUAAAUUCGAUGGCAUUUUUAUGGUCUAGAUAGUUGGGACUUGGGAGUACUCGAGAGCGGAGCUCAUGUGGAGGAGACAACUGUGGCGCGCUUUUGGGGUGGGUUGCUGGUUUCCUCUUGGCGCUGAGCAUAAUCAAGGGAAGUCACAUGCGAUUGGGAGCUGCUGGGCAUCACCGAUCCUGAGCUUCAUUGCUCUGCGAGCUCCGGGUGGUUGCGGAGAGGGGUGCCUGGAGAACCUGCUUUUAGCUAAGGUCUAAGGUCGGGGACAUUUGGCCGCUACAGUAGCGUCAUCUGGUAUUGCGGUCAGCAUGCUCGAGGGAUGUAGGGUGCGGGCACGACUGCCCAGCAUUGGUUCAAUAUCCCCUGCUGUUGCGCGUUGACAGCAACGUAUGCGGAGUCGAUCUCAGCACGAUCGAGACCGAGUAGCUCAUCCGCUGUCGUAUCCGGUAUCAUACUCGUACUUGUGGGAGCGAGCAUCUCACUGUGUGAGAAAAGACGGCUGAGGCGACCACCAGCCUGCCACCUAGUCAGUCGAUUGGGCUAUGGAUAUCCGCGGACCGCGACUGCCCGUGAUAUGCUCCGCGGGGUAUCCUGAAUGAUGACUGACGAUUGAAGGCAGAUCAUACUCGUGUUGAAGAAUGGUACGUACGUAUGCGAAGGGUCAACACCUGCCUUAUGGCCUCGAGUAGGCCGGAUGACCCUCACUGCAAUCAUCUGAGCGCUUAAGGCCGGCGAAUUCGCCAACUUUCUGCUGUGCGGCGGUGAUAGCCGACUUCCCACCACGGCCGCGCGGAACACUGCAGCUAGGUACAUACCCCAGCUGGCGGGGAGCCCGGCGCGGAGCCUCGCCACACUGGUCAGUCGUACCUUUCCAAACAUGGCCGAGCGAUAUUGAGGCGAGGAUCAGCUGUGAGCUGAACGGUAGCGCAACCCCCUCGCAAUGCCGCGAAAUGCAACCAUGGAUCGAACGAGCGUCGACUUUUCUGUUCGGCGAGAGCGUCGCCUACGAGCGUGCUAACGUUAAAAAAUCGAGAGCUAAUGGCAUAAUGGUAAGGUAGGAUAGUUUGUUGUGGAUGUCUAUGUAAAACAUGGUGUCCAUGGUGUAGCUUGUAUUAAGGGAUGUAUUCUUGGGUGUGUAUGCUCAAAAAGGUCUAUUUUAUUGCAUUGCAUGCAAAUAUAUAUUUAAUGAAUAU